ACAAGCAGAGCCGGUCCGCAUCCUGGCAAUCCAAACAAAGCCAAUUUUUGGCCGGAGAAGGCGACGUCUAUGGCCGGAUUCCUCCCACUUCCGCCCAGCCUCGCGCCAUCUUUGUGCCCACUGAAAUCUCCCCAAGCCACCACCUCCACGGAUUCCCUUUUGGCUAAAAACACGGCACCUCAUUCACGUCCUUCUCGCUUUUAUGAAGGGGAUCUUGUUCGCCAUCGGAUCUGAAGCUGACGGAUCCCGAUCAUUGGACGAUCGGCGAUCAGGAAUGGUUCCUUCCUGAUUCCUCUUCUCUGACGUCGAUGUCGCUCCGUGUCCGUUGCUGCGGCCCUUUGUUUAUAGCAUAGGGCAGGGGGCAGAGAAGAGCAAGGAGCUAACCACUCAUGGGUGUUCCGGCGGCGACGACGGCGAAGUCCAAGGCUUUCUUCUUCACGGCGCAGGUGCUCGCGGCUGCGGCGGCGGUCAUGGUCCUGGUGUGGUGCAUCCACCUCCGGGGAGGGUUAGCCUUUCAUUCUGCCGGCGACAAAUCGCUCAUCUUUAAUGUGCAUCCAGUGCUGAUGCUGAUCGGGUUCAUCAUCAUGGGAAGCGAAGCAACAAUGUGCUUUAGAGCUCUUCCGUGGAGCAAACAAGUGAACAAGUGCAUCCAUCUCAUCCUCCAUGGCCUUGCCCUUGUGCUCGGAGCUGUUGGAAUCUCUGCAGCCUUCAAGUUUCAUAAUGAACUAGGAAUCAGUAAUCUCUACAGUCUCCAUUCCUGGCUUGGCCUCGGCACCAUCUCCCUCUACGGGAUUCAAUGGAUUUUGGGGUUUGUUACAUUCUUGUUCCCUGGAGCUUCAGGGUCACUGAAAGCAACCUUCCUCCCUUGGCACGCGGUCUUCGGGGUCUUUGUCUACCUGCUGGGAAUUGUGAGCGCUGAGUUAGGGUUCUUGGAGAAGCUGACGUUCCUUGAGACCUUUGGAACGGUGAACAGGUUCAGCGGUGAAGCUUUGCUGGUGAAUUGUACGGCACUGGCGGUGCUGUUGCUGGGGGUCUCUGUUGUUCUUUCUCUCAUUGCCUCUCACCUGGAAAGCACCAAGGUUUACUCUGCAGAUUGAAUUAAGAUAUCACAUACAAUCUCCUUAUUAUUAUUAAUCCGUGUUUAUCUCAAUAAAUCUUUGUCUGUUAGCACAAAUGAUUAUAAUAAAAUAUUCAUACCGAACCGUUUAAGAAA